AUUUAUUGUUCAAGUGUAUAGUUGCUCGCUUUAGAUGGAGCGCUCUCCGUGAAAUAACCGGAGGUGCUUGGAACCCAAGUGGAUUCGUGGACCUAUAUAGGAUGGUUCAGGGCGCAUCGGGUGGGGAACACCGUCUGGCAUGGCUGGUUUUGGGGGCAUUGGCAUGGACCUUGUGGACUACACGCAAUAAAGCGCUUAUAGAGGGGAUUUUUUUUCACCAUUCAGCUGAUCUUCUAUACAAAAUGGUCUCUUUCUUGCAGCUUUUGAAGCUCAGGCAAAGUCAAAGGACAAAGGGAGCGUGGAGCAGCUCGUGCUAAAGAUGCGGGCAAAGUGCACUGAACUUCAUCGCGUCGGGUAGGAAUUUGCUUCCGUAGGGUGCCAUCCUUCCCGAUAUCUUCUGGGAGUCGGCAAUGUUAGUUGGCUUGCGAUCGGCGUUGUGUUGCUGUUAUCAACCGUUUCGGCUUGUAUCUACUCUUUUAUUUUGUUCUGUUUCCAUUUUGUUAGACUCUUGUACGACUUUGUAGGGCCUCAUCAUUAAGGCCAGGCAAGCGCCUCCUUUCAAAAAAAAAAUUUACGAGUCAACAAAAAAAAAACGCCUUUGGUUGAAGAAGAGAAAAAUCAGUUGCAACUUUCACGCCAAUUUGAUUCAUCGUCGGGGAGAUCUCCUAGUGGACGCAUAGCAUAGGGCUUUCUCCUCUCCCCAUCGCUCGGCCGGUCCAAUGGCCACCGACUCUUCCUACCCCGUCGAGUUCUUCCACCGCGGCGGCGGCGACGGCGACGGCCAAUGGUGCAGCCUCGGCGCCGCCUACGCCGCCGUCCGGGUCCUCCGCCCGCAGGGCCACUCCCUCGUCAUGUACACCGUUCCCGACGACCGGCCCCACCAGCGGAUCCUCUUCGCGUACCCGAUCCUCCCUGGCGACGCCUUCGAGAGGCUGGACGGGUCCACGCUCUCCUGGGCGGGGCAAGGCUCCGGCGAUGAGUUUGCUCUCUGCUUCCGCGACGAGGCCGCCUGCGCAGCGAUCUGCGGCGCCAUCUCCCCGGUGACGACGGCGCUUGCAGCCCUGGACGACAUCGCUGACAGGCUCGAGGGGUUGCGAGUGGCCGCGGCGGAGGGGGGCGCCACGGCCGCCGGAGGGGACAUCGCUUGUCGGCUCGCGCAGCUUAGCUUAGCCCGCGGGCCAUGAACUGGGCUACCCGGAGAAUUGAAACCAGCCAGAUCAAGUAGGUUUUUGCCAUAGCACCGUCGUGUUAGUUCAAUCAACUCUAUACUACGUAUAAAAUUCUGCAAACUUUUCUUCAGCAGUUUACAUCGCUUUGUUCCAAAACUGCAAUUGUUAAAGCAACAGAUGGAAAGAUUGCAGACUAUGAUGCCCAGUAAGGAAUUUCUUUUGAAUUUGGAAA